CGGGCUCAUCACGGUCCGUAAACGUUACUAUUUUCAAGACAUUCAUUCCCCUUUGCUCCAUUCUCACUUCUCAGUCUCCCCCCUGCAGUCAUUCAUCUGAAAUGUCGACAGCAUCUCGGGAUUUUGAUUAAUAAAAUGCGUAAAUCUUCUUCAUUCCCAUCGGAAGAAUCUUCAAACUGAUUCAGCCGCCGGAAAACUAGUUUCGUCGCCGCCGAUUCCACCAAGGCAGCAUCCUCCAGCUGGCUCUCUUCUUGAUCUGUGCUUUCCACUUUUCCUCGUCGAAUUUGCUGCUUGUGGUGUAUUCUCCGCUCUCCGGUAACUACAGCGAAUGUUAAUUUUGAUCGAAUGCUGUAGUUGUGCUGUAUUCUUCACUUCCUGUUUAGCGCCCGAGCCAUAUAUGGUGAAGAUUCUCUGUUUCUUCCAUUUUCUUUCUUUCAUGUGUUUGUUCUCUGCCGAAUCUUCAAUUGUAGAGAACUAUAGAUGCCUAUAGGCUGCUACCUGCUUUGAUCGAUCUGUUUGCUACGAGAAGUUCUUCUUUACUUCCCUUGUCGAAUUCGAUGAACGAUAAUGAGGUGAAACUUGUGGAAAUCACUGCAGUUGCCUAAGUUUUGAGCUGUUCUUCAUUGAUAGGCAGAUCAGCUGGUGCAUUCCUUGAUUCUUGCGGAGCCAGAUUAGGGUGUAGGGUUUAGUUCUUCCUAGGAAGUUGAGACUUGAUGUAGAUGUUAUAAUGGCUAUUUUUCAUGAACUUGUUAUCUAUUUCUCCCUGAAGUGUUGAGUUUCUGACUUCGAUUCUUUUUCCUUGUUAGAUGAUAGGACGACAUUGGUUAGGCUUCUCCCUGGUGCUGCUAUGUCUUCUAUAUACUGCACAAGCCAGCCCUGGUGAUGCUCAUCCAGUUUACAGGAGCUGUGUGACAGUAUGUGAGAGAGAUGGCUGCGUUGGUGAAACCUGCUUUGCCCAGUGCAACUAUUCUUCUCAUGGUGCCUCUCAUGAUAGUCCAUGGUACACCCAAGAGCCGCUCUAUCAACGCUGGAAACAGUGGGGCUGUCAGAGUGAGUGCAGGUAUUUCUGCAUGCUUGCCAGAGAAGAAGAGAGAGCAAAACAAGGUUAUGGUCCAGUCAAAUACCAUGGAAAAUGGCCCUUCAAACGUGUCUUCGGCAUUCAGGAAGUUGCCUCUGUGGUUUUCUCUGCACUGAACCUUUAUGCUCAUUUUCAUGGUUGGCUAUCAUUAAUCAUCCUUCUAUACUACAAGUUGCCCUUGAGAUAUGACAAGAAGACCUACUACGAAUACACCCCUUUGUGGCACAUCUAUGGACUCUUGUCAUGUAACUCCUGGUUCUGGAGCAUUAUUUUCCAUAGUCGAGAUGUUGACUUGACGGAGAAGCUAGACUACUCAUCCGCAGUGGCAUUGGUCGGAUACUCCCUUAUACUUUCCAUCCUAAGAAGCUUCAACAUUAAGGAAGAAGCUUCCAGAGUCAUGGUCGCAGCUCCACUACUUGCAUUUAUCACAACCCAUAUACUGUACCUCAACUUUUACAAGAUGGACUACGGAUGGAACAUCAUAGUCUGUGUCGCAAUGGGUAUCGCCCAGCUUCUCACGUGGGCGAUUUGGGCAGGGGUGAGCCGCCAUCCGUCUCGAUGGAAGGUCUGGGUACCAGUGAUCGGAGGUGGGCUGGCCGUGCUGCUGGAGAUCUAUGACUUCCCUCCAUACAAAGGCUACUUCGAUGCUCAUUCAAUUUGGCAUGCCACAACCAUUCCUCUCACAUACGUGUGGUGGAGCUUCGUUAGAGAUGAUGCUGAGCUCGCCACCUCAAACCUCCUGAAAAAGUCCAAGUAGCUUUCCUCAUUUCAUAGACUGACCCUGCUAGAGUCUUGAUGGUUUUCCAGAUCAACUAUGGUAGAGAGAAACAAAGAAAGGGCAUUUUUCAUUUAGUCAGCUCGAUCGUAACUGUUGUGCUGUUAAUUGAAAGGAAACACUGUUGUGCAUUGAUAGAAAGAGAAAGGCAACACUUCUUUCAUUUGUAUCGUAAUUCGUUGUUGUGAAUGAUGUCUACUGCUGCUUGUAAUCCAUUCUGUUGUUCAAAGCAACACAUCUCUACUCAAGGUUUAACGCAUCUCUUCUCAGUUUCCAAGAUGAGAUACUGAUGUUAGAAACUCCAACCGAGAGAUUGUAACAUGAUAAAUAACGUACUCAAAUUGAAGAGAGAGAAUAUGAUAAAUUACAUACUCAGAU